AAAAAAAAAAAAUAUUCAUGGUAAACAGCAAAGCAAUAAAUCAAAGAACUUUAUUUUAUUUGUGAUUUUUCCUGUUAAGUUGUUAGUUUCAAUUACUGAUAGUUUUAAAAAGCUAAAUCUAGUGCUUUGAUUUUCGAUACAUUAAAAAUAGUUAUAUAUACACUGUUAACAUUAAGAUCAGCUCAAUUAGAGAAAUUUUUAAAUAUAAUCGCUUUAUUACUAUGUUGUUUCAACUGUAUAUAGCAGGUGUGGGGAUUCAUCAGCUUCAACUUAUUGGGCACUGCUCGUGUAAGUUUGCACUGUGUGUGUAGAAAUGUUCAAAGUGGGCUGUUGUUUGCUUGAGCUGACUUCCUCCGUCUCCCAGCACAAACCUGGUGCAUAACCAAUACCAUAGUUAAUUUGCUGGGAUGAGAAAAUUGAAGAAAAUAAUACAUGCUGCUAGGCUGCUGGCUGAAGUUGUGUGGCUAGGUAAAUUGUCAGUUUUCAGAUUCAUUGUUAAAGUUGAAUUACCUAAUCAGUUGGUUGAGGGCAUCACAUCCUGUCAGGAUCAGAAAAACUUUCAGAACCUGAAGCUAAAACCUUUACAUCUGAAGAAGAAAAAUCUGGAGCUUAACAUUGGUAAAGAAUGCACUGCUGGAAGUAGGUUUGGUGUUUCUUUGAAGAAUCCAAGGUUACCAAGCUCGAAUGAUAAAUUUUGGUGCAAAAUGUGCGGGGAGAAAUUCUUUCGCGAGAGGCAGUUGCAACUGCACAUGGGUAAAGUGCACAAAAAUGUGUGCGAAGUCUGCCACAAAGUUUUCAAUCGGAAACACCAACUUCACUAUCACAGAAAAGUACAUUUCAAAGAGAAGAGCGAGAUUUGCGAUAUUUGUGGGUACGCAACUUACUACAAACACCUUUUAGAGUUCCACAGAAAGAGACAUUUCGGUGAUUACACGUACAAGUGCGACCAGUGCGCCGCCGGUUUUUUCUCGAAGGCGGAGUUCGAGGAGCACAAGGUGGUUCACACGGGUCUGAGGCCCCACCAGUGCGACGUCUGCGGGAAGACCUUCAGCAAGCGAGGCUACCUCUCGGCACACAUGCGCUACCACAACGCCACGACGUACGUGUGCGACGUUUGCGGCAAGGCCAUCGCGAAGAAGAACUCGCUGAUGACGCACCUGCGCAAGCACGCGGGGGACAAGCCCCACGUGUGCGACUACUGCGGGAAGGGGUUCUGCUCGUCCAGCUACUUGAAGCUGCACCGCCGCGUCCACACGGGCGAGAAGCCGCACCGCUGCCUGCACUGCGGCAAGAGCUUCUCGCAGCGCUCCACGCUCACCAUCCACGUGCGGAACCACACGGGCGAGAAGCCCUUCGCCUGCGACGUGUGCGGCAGAGCGUUCGUCUGCGGCAACCAGCUCAACAACCACAAGAAGGCCCACCACAGGUCGUUCGCGGAGGGAGUCGUCUGAUGGACAUAUAGACUUCAUUUUGUUUCAGUGUUUUCGUUGUCUUGAUGAAUUAUUAGACAUUUUGAGAAAUAACUGAAUUAUGGAUAGUAUACAGGGGGUGUAUGUACACUAUCAUUCCCACCAACAAAUGGAAAGAAUUUGAAAGCAAAA